AUGGAAGGUCUUUAUUUCAACGUUGAUUAUGGAUAUGUCGAAGGUGUAGUCAGAGGCUAUAGAUCAGGAUUAUUGACAUCAAAUCAAUAUGUGAAUUUAACACAAUGUGAUAAUUUAGAAGAUUUAAAAUUACAAUUAUCAUCUACUGAUUAUGGUAAUUUUCUAGCAAACUAUUCAGGACCUUUAAGUACUUCAGUAUUGCAAGAAAAUUUAAAUAAAAAAGUAUAUCAACAAUAUCAAUAUAUAAAAACUCAAUCUUCUGGGAUAUUGACUGAAUUUAUGAAUUAUAUUCAAUAUGGAUAUAUGAUUGAUAAUGUUAUCUUAAUGAUUACUGGUACUUUACAUGAAAGAAAUAAAUCAGAUAUUUUAAAAAAAUGUAAUCCAUUAGGUUGGUUUGAUACUUUACCUACAUUAACAAUAAGUACAGAUAUUGAAAGUUUAUACUCAACAGUAUUGAUAGAUACACCAUUAGCCCCAUUUUUUAAAAAUUGUGUAAGUGCAGAUGAUUUGGAUGAUUUAAAUAUUGAAAUUAUAAGAAAUAAAUUAUAUAAAAAUUAUUUGGAAUCAUUUAUGGAAUUUGUACAAAAAAAAUUUUAUGGACCAGAUCAAGAAAUUAUGACAAGAUUACUUACAUUAGAAGCUGAUAAAAGAGUUAUAAAUAUUGCCUUAAAUUCAACAAAUAAUCAAGAAUUAUCAAUUGAAGAUAAAUUAAGUUUAUUUCCAUCAUUAGGUCAAUUAUAUCCAACUUAUCAUUUAGAAUUAGCUCAAGCAGAUGAUUUUGAACAAUUAAAAAUCAUUAUUGAAAAUAUAGGAGACUAUCAAGAUUUAUUUAAUGAUAAUUCUGAUAAAUCAUUAGGUGAUUGGUUUUAUUUAUUAGAAAUGCAAUAUUGUAGAGAUGCUUUCACACAACAAUUCACUUUAAGUACAGUUUAUGCUUGGUUAAAAUCUAAAGAACAAGAAAUUCGAAAUAUUACUUGGAUAGCUGAAUGUAUUGCUCAAAAUCAAAAAAGUAGAAUUGAAAAUUACAUAUCCGUAUUUUGA